AUGGCUUCCCAAUUGUUUGAGCAAAAGGCUGCGGCCGUCAAGAACCUUUCAUCCACCCCCUCCAACGACGAAUUGCUACAACUUUACGGGUUGUUCAAGCAAGCCACCACCGGUGACAACACCACGGCUCGUCCCAGUGCUUUGAACUUCAAGGACAAGUACAAGUGGGAUGCUUGGGAAAAGAAUAAGGGCGUCUCCCAGGAGGAGGCCGAGCAAAAGUACAUUGCCUUGGUUGAGGAACUUGAGGCGAAGUACAAUUGA